AUGGACUCUACACAACCUGUUCUCCCGCCCAUUGGGGCAGCGCUGCCUGCGGCAUUGGCUUUUAAGAGAAACCUUGUGUGCUACGCUGCAGACCCUUCCGUUUUGGUCGAGUAUUUGCGGCAUUUGAAACUGCCGUACUGCCUCUGGAACGACUACGACAACAUAGAAUCAAAGGAAAAGCCCGAAAAGGGCACCGUGCUGGUUCUCCCGAAUGUGGACAAAACGCUCGUCCUUCAACAGGACAAACUGGCUCGGUUUCUGCAAGUGAUGCGGUCACAACCAACGCCGUUUUUCGCCGCAAUUGCCACGGUCUCGCCCGAGUUUGUACCGUACACCCAGAUGACAGCAUAUUUGAAACGUCAGUUCUGGUUUGCUUGUCAAAACCCGCGGCCUAAAGACCUGGUGAAAUUGUCAGAGGAGGAACUUCCGCAGUUGAGGUCUGCUAUUGGAAAGAUACACAUACACCCAUCCAUCAGACGUUACAUCCUCGAUAUCAUAGUGCAUCUGAGAGUUCACAGAUUUGCCAAACAGGCCUCUGGCGGAGGCUGUAGUGCAAACGCACUGCGUGACAUGCUCGAAUUGUGCCAGACGCUGGCCUUGGCCCAGGAACGCAGCUUUGUUGUCCCUGAGCUCGUCAAACAGGCUGCCCACUGGUAUUUUCCAUUCCAUAUCGAGCUGAUCCAAGAUCCACGCCAUGAAAUUUCCCUCCAAUUUGGCUCCGACCCGGAUUUGGUCGCUCAGGUCCUCACUAAACUGCAGGAUUUUUCUCUUCAGAGGUCCCAAGAGUCCAAUUACCCAUUAUAUUUUCAGCACAUGGUUCUCAGGGACGUUCUGCGAGUAAUCGUGCCACCCAUUUAG